GAAGAACAGAUUUCUGAGUUCUUUCACUAAUCACUAAUCACAACUUACAAUAAAACUAAACCAUUCUACUAAUUUUUCCACUCCCAACACAAACCGCAGCUGAAAUCUCUGAUUUGGCCACUUUCCCACUUCAGAAUCGCUUCCCCUGUUGGCGAUUUCCUCCCAUUUCCACUCUAUUUGGACUUUUCUUCCUCCGUCUGAACCCCUACGACCAGAAACUCUACCUCCCUUUUUUCCUUAGCUUUUGGGUCACUAUUUCAAUGGAAGCUCGUUACUAGAAAAGCUUUUGGGUCCCUUUUUUGUGGGUCUGCAGCAGCCUUUCCGCUACCCUCUUUCUGCUGCCAGUGCUUGAUCACUUUCUGGUUUCUUCCAUCUGGGCUGCUUUUAUUUUUCUUUUUUUUGGGGUGUGUGAUUACACUUUGGGUUAGUUUUGAGCCUUUGGAAUCUGAGUGGAACUGGGGUUAGAGGAGAAAAAUGCUUGGAGUGGAUGUAAGAACAGGGCACAGACGCUCCAAAAGAAUUCUUUUGUCUUUGCUCUACGCAUAUGCCAGCUCGCUAGACAAGAAAGCGGUUCAAGAUGAUCGAUUACAUAAUUCGCUCGAAUCAUUGAAUGGUGUAGAGAUGGAUAUGGACCGGGUGAAAGAAGUCGAGAAUACGAAAAACCUGUCACUGAAGGUGGAAGUACAUAAUUCUUUGAAGCAAGAGAUUAUUCAACUCGAGAAGCGAUUGCAAGACCAGUUCAAGCUCCGCUCUGCAUUAGAAAAAGCAUUGGGUCAUGGGAUCUUUCCCUGUAGUAAAUCAGAUAAAGUCUCAAUGCCAAAGUCAGCCAUUGAGUUAAUCAAUGAGAUUGCAACGUUAGAACUAGAAGUCGUGCAUUUAGAACAAUACCUUCUUUCUUUGUACCGAAGAGCAUUCGAUGGACAAUCAUCCUCUGUGUCCCCUUCUGCUAAUGACGAAAAAUCAAAACUUCCUUCAACCCCUAGAGGCAGCUCAAUGGAAGGUCCCCUACCUGAUAUUGCCUCAAAAGAUGAACACUCAGCAGCUCCUUCAGGUUGUCAGUCACUUGAAAAUGCAAGGAAGAAUUGCAGCAACAUAGGAAGAGAUGAAAAACUUGUGGUUUCGAAUUUUCAUCGUUCUGAAUCGUCGCUGACGACAGUAAAUGCAGCUUCAUCGAAUAAACUGUCUACUUCGGUGGAGUCGUUGGAUAGAACUCUGUGGGCAUGUCAUUCCCAACCGGUGUCCAUGAUGGAGUAUGCGCAAAAUGUUUCCUCCAAUAUAAUCAGCCUAGCCGAGCAUCUUGGAACUCGCAUUUCCGAUCAUGUACCCGAGACUCCUAACCGUCUUUCUGAAGACAUGAUCAAGUGCAUAUCAUCUAUAUUUUGCAAACUUGCAGAACCAUCUUUGACAAAUCAUGGACUUUCAUCUCCCACGUCGUCUUUGUCAUCGGUUAGUGCAUUUUCUCCCGGAGAACAGUGUGCAAUGUGUAGUCCGGGGCUCAGAAACAAUUCGUCCUUUGAUGUACGAUUGGACAAUCCUUUUCUUGUGGAAGGUCUUAAAGAUUUUAGUGGACCAUAUAGUACAAUGAUUGAGAUUUCCUGGAUUUGUGGAGACCCUCAGAAACUUUGCAAUGUCAAGAGUUUGCUUGAAAACUUCAGGUUGCUUAUCUCUCGACUAGAGGAAGUCGAUUUGACGAAACUAAAGUAUGAGGAAAAGUUGGCUUUCUGGAUAAAUAUCCACAAUUCUCUUGUGAUGCAUACAUAUUUGGCUUAUGGGGUACCCCAAAACAAUGUCAAAAGAGCCUUUUUACUCUUGAAGUCUGCAUAUAAUAUUGGAGGCCAUACAAUUAGUGUAGACACAAUACAGAGUUGUAUUCUUGGAUGUCGGAUGCCUCGUCCUCGGCAGUGGCUUCGACUGUUGCUUCCAUCAAGGACGAAAUUCAAGACCGGAGAUGAACGACGAGCUUAUAUAAUCAACCGUCCAGAACCCCUUUUACAUUUCGCACUUUGCUCUGGAAGCCACUCCGAUCCUGCGGUUCGUGUUUAUACAGCUAAGAGAGUGUUUCAAGAGCUAGAAUCUGCAAAAGACGAGUACAUUCGUGCCACCUUCGGUGUACUAAAGGAUAAAAAGAUGAUCCUUCUUCCGAAGAAGAUCGAGUCAUUCGCAAAGGACUCUGGUUUGUGUUCAUCUGGGCUGAUGGAGAUGAUUCUCAACAGCUUGCCAGAAUCUCUGAGAAAGAGUGUCAAACGGUCGCAGCAGCUCGGGAAUCCCCGGAAGAAUGUCGAAUGGAUUCCUCCAAGUUACACAUUCAGGUAUCUGAUUUCCAAGGAGCUGCUGACCUGAUUAGCUUGCAUUUUUGGAUGAACUCAGAUGCUAAUUUUUUUGUGCAUUGGAUUUGAUUUCUCUUUUGUACAUAGAGGAACUGAGAAUACAGAAACUGGACCACAUGUAUGCUCUGAAAUGUCCAUAGUCUCUUCCUUUCAAUUGAAUGAAAUUUGUGUUUUAAUACAAA